AGAUAAAAUCCAUAAAAGGGUUAAUGGCAAAAGAGUAAAUGGGAACGGUGACUAGUAAAAGGGGCGGUGAACAGCAGAACGCAGAACCUGUACCAAGUACCAUAUAUCGCUUCAACUCACGGUUUCCCCUUUUCUUCUCCCAAACGAAAUCCCAUAUCUGAAUUCUCGAAACUCCGAUUCACUCAGAUCGCCGGCGAUAUGAGUCAUCCAGCUGAGUCUUCUGAUUCGAAAAGUGGGAAGAAGGACUUCUCAACCGCGAUUUUGGAGAGGAAGAAGGCGGCUAAUCGGCUAAUUGUAGAUGAGGCGGUCAACGAUGACAAUUCCGUUGUCACUCUUCACCCCAGCACCAUGGAAAAGCUCCAGCUUUUCCGAGGAGACACUAUUCUGAUUAAGGGAAAGAAAAGAAAGGAUACCGUGUGCAUUGCCCUUGCUGAUGAGACAUGUGAAGAGCCAAAGAUUAGGAUGAAUAAGGUCGUCAGGGCAAAUCUGAGGGUUCGUCUUGCGGAUGUUGUUUCUUUGCACCAGUGCCCAGAUGUUAAAUAUGGAAAGCGUGUCCACAUAUUGCCCCUGGAUGAUACAAUAGAAGGUCUCACUGGGGAUCUCUUUGAUGCAUAUCUCAAACCUUACUUUCUGCAGGCGUACCGCCCUGUGAGGAAAGGAGACCAUUUUCUUGUGAGAGGUGGAAUGAGAAGUGUAGAAUUCAAGGUUGUUGAGACUGAUCCUGGGGAGUACUGUGUUGUGGCCCCUGAUACCGAGAUCUUCUGUGAAGGUGAACCUGUGAGGAGAGAGGAUGAAGAUAGGCUGGACGAGGUCGGCUAUGAUGAUGUUGGUGGUGUUAGAAAGCAGAUGGCUCAGAUUCGUGAACUAGUGGAGCUGCCGCUAAGGCAUCCUCAGCUUUUCAAAUCUAUUGGCGUGAAACCUCCAAAAGGAAUUUUGCUUUACGGCCCCCCGGGUUCAGGAAAGACAUUGAUUGCUCGGGCUGUUGCUAAUGAGACCGGUGCUUUCUUCUUCUUGAUUAAUGGGCCGGAAAUCAUGUCUAAAUUGGCUGGAGAGAGUGAAAGCAACCUGAGGAAGGCAUUUGAGGAGGCCGAAAAGAAUGCACCAUCCAUCAUCUUUAUCGAUGAAAUUGAUUCAAUUGCGCCCAAGAGAGAGAAGACACACGGCGAAGUUGAGAGGAGGAUUGUUUCUCAACUCUUGACUCUCAUGGACGGCUUGAAAUCCCGUGCCCAUGUCAUUGUAAUGGGAGCCACUAACAGGCCGAACAGCAUUGACCCAGCUCUUAGAAGGUUUGGUAGGUUUGACCGCGAAAUCGAUAUUGGUGUUCCUGAUGAAGUCGGGCGUCUCGAGGUUCUUAGGAUUCAUACCAAGAACAUGAAACUUUCUGAUGAUGUUGAUUUGGAAAGAAUAGGGAAAGACACACAUGGCUAUGUUGGAGCUGACCUUGCAGCUCUGUGUACUGAAGCUGCUCUCCAGUGCAUCAGGGAGAAAAUGGAUGUCAUUGAUUUGGAAGAUGAUACAAUCGACGCUGAGAUACUGAACUCCAUGGCCGUGACGAAUGAGCAUUUCCACACUGCUCUUGGGACGAGCAAUCCUUCUGCUUUGCGCGAGACAGUUGUUGAGGUACCCAAUGUCUCCUGGGAAGAUAUUGGAGGACUCGAGAAUGUCAAGAGGGAGCUUCAGGAGACUGUGCAAUAUCCUGUGGAGCACCCGGAGAAGUUCGAGAAAUUCGGCAUGUCACCUUCAAAGGGUGUCCUUUUCUAUGGCCCUCCUGGAUGCGGUAAAACUCUGCUUGCCAAGGCGAUUGCAAACGAGUGCCAAGCCAACUUUAUCAGUGUGAAAGGCCCCGAACUACUCACCAUGUGGUUUGGAGAGAGUGAAGCUAAUGUUCGCGAAAUAUUCGACAAGGCUCGUCAAUCUGCUCCUUGCGUUCUCUUCUUUGACGAGCUCGACUCCAUUGCUACUCAGAGAGGAAGCAGUGUAGGUGAUGCUGGUGGAGCGGCAGAUCGUGUUCUUAACCAGCUUCUGACCGAAAUGGAUGGCAUGAAUGCCAAAAAGACUGUCUUCAUAAUUGGUGCCACUAACAGGCCGGACAUUAUCGACCCGGCCCUUCUUCGUCCGGGCCGUCUUGACCAGCUGAUUUACAUCCCCCUUCCGGAUGAGGACUCCCGUCACCAGAUCUUCAAAGCCUGCCUUCGCAAGUCCCCUCUCUCGAAAGACGUUGACCUGCGGGCCCUUGCCAAGUACACUCAGGGAUUCAGUGGCGCUGACAUCACCGAGAUUUGCCAGCGUGCUUGCAAGGAGAGGAGGAGGAGGGAUAAUCCAGACUCGAUGGAAGAAGAUGCCGAUGAUGAGGUGUCGGAGAUCAAGCCAGCUCAUUUUGAGGAGUCGAUGAAAUUUGCACGCAGGAGUGUGAGUGAUGCGGACAUACGCAAGUAUCAGGCCUUUGCCCAGACCCUGCAGCAGUCACGUGGGUUCGGGACUGAAUUCCGGUUUGCUGAGUCAGCACCUGCCAGCGGAGCAUCUGACCCGUUUGCGGCCACUGCCGGUGGGGCUGACGAGGAUGAUCUCUAUGUUGCUAUGGUGUCAUGGUUUCAUUUUGUUGUUGUUGAUUUGGUGAUAUUUAUUGGUGAUAUGCUGGACAUCGGAUUCCCUUUGUCACGGUUGCAUUUGGAUAAUGUAAUGAAAGAUUUCAAUGAAUUUGGAAUCAGCCUCGUUUUUAAAAACUCUACCCCGUAUUGGGACAUA